GUUGUUCUAUUUCUAGGAGUGGUUGUGGAAGUACCACUUCUACUAGAAGAUUGAGGUAACGAAGAUGUUGACAUCCAAGCAAAAUGUGAUUUUCGAUGUGGUUCGUCAUGCUGCGCGCUCCCUCGAGUACAACUUGAAUGCGUAUGAAAACGCCAAGCGCGAAAAUUCCAAAACCUUCCAGUCUCUUCUCAAAGAGUUGGAGCAGAUCGUUGCGAAGACCGCGACGCAGCAACCUGCUAAGCCAAACGGAGCAGCCGACGACCCACCAGAUUUGAGCGAAGAGUUUUUGAGAAGAUGGAAAAAAAUGCUUCGGAUGGAACUGGUUGAUAGGGAAGUGGAUGGCUCCAACACUGGUGCCAGCACCGAAGAUCACGAAGUAGACUCGCCUCCUGCAUUAGACCGAUACAGGAAGAGGAUGUCGCGACCCGAUGUCAGGGCAGAAGAUUUUGCAGAACAGGCUGAGUGGAGUAGAGAAGGGAUUGGUGAUGCAGUGCGUAGUAUAGGAAGUGUCUUGCGGUUGGAUGGUGAGGAAACAUUUCUGUAG